UUCUUAUUCAACAAUGGAGGUUAUUCCUCACUCCUAUAAUUAGCAGCCAUACUCCUUCACAUAUACUAUAAAUACAUAAUCCAAAAAUUUAACACCAACCCACAUUCCCAUUUUUGUAGAUCUAAAUCCCCAGAUUCCCUUAUUUGGAAUUAACGCCUUCAAAUUUUGCAAUGGCAGAACAAUCAGAAAAAUGGGUUCUUAUGGAAACUGCUCAAACACCAACAAAUAUAGCAGUGAUUAAGUAUUGGGGAAAAAGAGAUGAGAAUUUAAUACUUGCUAUUAAUGAUAGUAUUAGUGUUACUCUUGAUCCUGCUCAUCUUUGUACUACUACUACUGUUGCUGUUAGCCCUUCUUUUAAUCAAGAUCGCAUGUGGCUUAAUGGAAAGGAAAUAUCUCUCGCUGGAGGCAGAUACCAAAAUUGUCUAAGAGAAAUUCGAGCUCGUGCUAGUGAUGUUGAGGAUGAGAAGAAGGGUAUCAAGAUCAAAAAAAAUGAUUGGCAGAACUUGCAUGUGCAUGUUGCUUCUUACAAUAAUUUUCCUACUGCUGCUGGUCUGGCUUCCUCGGCUGCUGGUUUUGCCUGCCUUGUUUUUUCCCUUGCGAAGUUAAUGAAUGUGCAAGAGGACAAUGGGAGCCUUUCUGCCAUUGCAAGGCAAGGUUCAGGAAGUGCUUGCCGAAGCUUGUACGGAGGAUUUGUCAAGUGGGUCAUGGGAAAGGAGGAAAAUGGUAGCGAUAGCAUUGCUGUUCCGCUCGUAGACGAGAAGCACUGGGAUGAGCUUGUUAUUAUCAUUUGCGUGGUAAGCUCACGGCAGAAGGAAACAAGUAGCACCUCAGGAAUGCGUGAGACUGUUGAAACCAGUGCACUUAUAGAACACAGAGCAAAGGAAGUAGUACCAAAACGCAUUGUUCAGAUGGAAGAAGCUAUACGAAAUCGCGAUUUUCCAACUUUUGCUCAACUGACUUGUUCUGACAGCAAUCAAUUCCAUGCAGUCUGCAUGGACACUAGCCCUCCUAUUUUCUACAUGAACGACACAUCUCAUAGGGUAAUUGGCUGUGUCGAGAAAUGGAACCGUUCAGAAGGAACUCCACAGGUUGCAUACACCUUUGAUGCUGGGCCAAAUGCUGUUCUGAUUGCACGGAACAGAAAGGCUGCCACACUUAUGCUUCAGAGGCUGCUCUUCCACUUCCCUCCAAAUUCAGAUACCGAUCUAAACAGCUACGUCAUAGGCGAUAAGUCAAUUCUGAAGGAUGCUGGGAUUCAGGAUAUAAAGGAUGUGGAAGCAUUACCUCCUCCACCUGAAAUUAAGGACAAGGUUCCGGCUCAGAAAUACAAGGGCGAAAUAAGCUACUUCAUCUGCACAAGACCCGGUAGAGGUCCAGUUUUGUUGACUGAUGAAAGCCAGGCUCUCCUCAACCCUGAAACUGGAUUGCCCAAGUGAGAUAGCAAACAGUUAUUGUGCUAAUGUUUAAGAAAUCGGCGCAACUCCAUGAGAUCCAAGUAUUGCAGCCUCUUUGCCUUAAGAAGAUGGGGCUGCCAUUUUAAACUGUUUUCUUUUAGUUUGGAUGAAAUUUGAAUUCAGAGCUUUUGUUUGUACUUAUUAGGUUCCAGUUAUUCUUCAAUGGAAAUAGUUGUGUACUCUUUAUCUCUGAGCAAUGCAAUAAAAGUCUUGAACUUGCUUCUUUUA